ACAGGAACUCCUUGGUUGGCUGUGAAUGUGCUCAGCUGACACGAUCAGUCAGUGAAUAAUCACCUGACUUGUCCACCAGCUUCCCCUUUUUGAGAUUAUUGGAAGGGUAGGUGCUCAGCAGCACCCAGGAGCUGGAAUUCCCAUAAGAACUUUCCUGGUCCUUUUAUCUUGUGCUAUUGUGUAUUGGAGAAGAUGUAUGGAUUGGUGGUGCUAAAUGUUGAAGACCCAACUUGUUUUUGGUGUCAAAUAACCACGAUCAAUGGUCUAAGGACAUACGAAAACAAGGAGUAUGAGGAUAUGUACGCAGAUCUGAAUUUGCUGUACACAAAGUCAUACAGAGAUAUUGAGCAACUAAGGCCCAUCUCAUUGUCUGUUGGAGAGCUUUGUAUGGUGUUUUGUGAAGAGCUGCAGUGUUGGUGCCGUGCCACACUGGAGGCAGUUGCAUGCAAUGCAGAGAAUGGACUGGUGGAGUGCUUCCUUCUGGACCAUGCUAAGCUUUGCCCUGUGCAAAAAAGAGACGUUCGCCUGGCAGUGGAGGAUUGUAAGAGGCUCCCCUUCCGAGCUAAAAAGUUCAAAUUACACCAUGUUCGACCAGUGUCCCUCUGCAUUAACUUCUCUGAAGACACGACAGGAUUUAGACCGUCUAAAAAAUGGGACACGGCAGCCAUUCAAUAUUUCAGGACGCUUCUAAAUGAGUCAACCUUCACUGAAGCAAAGCUGUGUUCUUUGGAAGACAACAUUCUGAGUGUUUAUCUAUAUGUCACUACAAAGGAUGCUACGGUAUGCGUCAACGAUGAGCUUGUGGCAAAGAACUUUGCUUGUUUCUGUACGGAGAAAACCCAUAAAGAGAAGGUGGAACCAGCAAAAGUUAAGAUUCUGCAAAACAUAGAAAGAAAUCACUUUCUGGAAUAUCACAACUCCAAAGCUGUGGCUUGUCCAACACAGGCCCUCUGGCCUACCUUAUUUGAAACUAGAUUUUCACAAAGCUGUCACUCAGGAUUCCCAAUAAAGGAAAAGAUAGAAUGUGACUUAAGAAUUCCCAGUGAGUAUAAAAUUACUCAAGAGCAGGAAUGUGGCAAUCAAGAAUGUAUCAAAAUUCCUAGUGACUGUAAAAUUACCAAAGAGCAGGAAUGUGAUAGAAAUCAUAACUUUGCCCAAAAUUCUAACAUGUGCAAUGCUACCAAAGAGUGGAACUCUGAUCAGAAAUAUGACUUUGCCACGCUUGUACAGAUCUUAAAUCCCAGAAUGUCACAUCUGUCAGACGCAGAAGAUGAAGAAACUGAACAGGAGAAGAAGCCAAAUGUUGGAGCACCGCAAUAUUCAAUUUUUGUUCGCAAAUCCAGUAUACCAUGUAGCAGUCUAGAACUGGCACCAUUGUCUCCUGACCUCAAAAAGGAGCUAAUGAGAAAUUCCUACAAUGGGCCAAGUGUCCCUGAAUCCUACUGUUGGCCGGCAAUAUCACAGGGAGUUGACACCAUUGUCAUAUCACCUGAUGGAAAGAAUCCGAUGAUGUUUCUCCCUCCUCUCCUAACAUUCCUACACUUUUCUUCAAGGCUUUACAAAUUCCUGCCUACCAGGAAUGGGCCUCUUGCAGUGCUUCUUUGCUCCAGCUGGAAGAGAGCACAGACUGUUUAUGAUCUACUUGUAAAGUACAGUAAAUGUAUACGUCCUGUGAACCCCAUGCUGCUAUUGGUCAGCCAGAAGAAGGAGGAAAUUGAAAACCUUACCAUACGAAAGGGAUGUGAAGUGAUUGUGACUACCCCGCAUGGUCUGUUGCGAUAUUUGGAGCGCCAUGGCUUACUGCUACUAAGGAUGUGCCAUCUUGUUUUAGAUGAGGUCAACAUGCUCUUUUCCAAUUCGGGGCAACAAAUAAUAACAAUAUUAGAAAAUUUUAAGAAGACGGUUGCUAUUGAGAACCGAGAGAGCACACCACAACAGGUUGUGGCCACUGGGACACACUGGCACAAAGACAUGGACCCUCUGUUACACUGGUUAACGGAUCCCCAGGUCAUAAUUACCAAAAUGGAUCAAGCCGCACUGUAUGGGAAUGUGCAGCAGGUCAUCCAACUUUGCUUAGACUGUGAAAAAGCAGAGGUAUUGCUACGUACAUUGGAUUUCACACCAGAAAAUGCACAGAAGAUUUUAAUAUUCACAAAGUCUGAUGAAGAAGCUGAAUUGGUUCAUAAUGUUGUUAAAAAUAAUUCAAUUUUCAGUCUGUUGAUAAAUAAAAAAUUAGCUCAAAAUUUCAUCUAUGUGCUGGAGCAGUGGAAUAAAUUAUACAGCCGUGGAACGCAUGUUGUCUUGGUUGUCACGGAUGAUUACGUCCCUUUCUUUGAUAUAAUGGAUGCUACAUGCAUAAUUCAUUUCAAUUUCCCUGAAAAUCCCAAUCUGUUUGGUCUGCGUUUGUUUUCCCUCUUUAAUUAUAUUCAUAGUAAAUUUGAAAAGGUUGCUUUGGGGGAAGCAGAUUAUCUAAAAGCCAGAUCGGUUUUGAUAUUAACUGAGAAGCAGGUUCACUAUGCAGUGUAUAUACUGCGUUACUUAGAGCGCACACGGGCUCAGAUCCCUCCCGAGCUCCGUGAUCUCACCCAGGCCAUCUUACGGGACGAGGAACAGAGAAAAUCCAGCAGACAGAUUUGCCAAUAUGUCAAAGCUUUUGGUUCCUGCAGUAAAGACCAGCUUACUUGCCCUGAUCGUCAUCACAUUAUUCCCAGAGUGGAUCUCCUAGAUGGAGCUUUGUGUUAUCCAGCACCAGUCCAGUACAUAUCUGUGAUACCUUUAGGUAUUGUGGAUGCUACUCGCUUCUUUGGGCGCAUAGUAACGAAAGAAGACGCAUAUGAGAAACUUGUUGAAGAACUGGCUGAGUAUUAUUCCUUCGACAGUAACAAAAUAACCAACCAAAAUGUGGAGAAUUCAGGCCUGUAUGCACUGCAGGAGGGAUCUGUCUACCACAGGGUCCAAGUCCUGCACAGCACACAGCAGGACGGUGUAUUAACUGCUCGUGUAAAAUACAUUGAUCAUGGAAAAAACAGUGAGGUCUACUGUCGCCAGUUAUUACAUCUCCCUCUGAGUGUCCAGAAUAUCCCACCCCAGGCUGCAGAAUUCAUUGUUUGCCGAGUUAAACCGAUUGACAAUGAAACUGAAUGGGAUCCUAAAGUGAACAGGAUUAUUAGUAAGCAUAUUAAAGAAAAACUACAUUCGGCAAAAGUUGUUCUCAGACUUGAAAACACGUAUUGGCUCGAUCCCAUGGUCCAAGUGAGCAGACUACCAGGUUUAUCAACCUAUAUCAACGAGCUCAAUGUACGCCAUGAGAUCUUGUUUACUGGAUUGGGAACUGAUAAUCCCAAGCACAUAGAGCAGCUGAAAUCACUGGUGGAAAAUGCAAUAAAACCAGCCGAGUCAGACACCAGGGUUCCUAAUGAACAGGAACAGGUUGCUGAAAAAAACAGCGGCUGCCCUUCCAAUCCAGAAACCAAUUGCAGCCGACCUUCCAAUCCAGAAACCAAUAACGGACAUCCAUCCAAUCUAGAAACCAGUAACAGCCGCCCAUCCAAUCCUGAAACCAGUAACGGCCGCCUAUCCAUUCCAGAAACCAGUAACGGCCGCCUAUCCAUUCCAGAAACCAGUAACGGCCGCCUAUCCAUUCCAGAAACCAGUAACGGCCGCCUAUCCAUUCCAGAAACCAGUAACGGCCGCCUAUCCAUUCCAGAAACCAAUAACGGCCGCUCUUCCAAUUCAGAAACCAAUCACGGCCGCUCUUCCAAUUCAGAAACCAAUCACGGCCGCUCUUCCAAUUCAGAAACCAAUCACGGUCACACUUCUAAUCCAGAAAUCAAUAACGGCUGCCCUUCCACUUGGCCUGUGUCAGAGACCGUGAUUUGUGAUCUGGACAAUGACCGGUGUGCACCAGAGAGCCAGCAUUAUGACAGUGGGGGUGAUGUAUGUGAAUUCCAUCGAGAUCCACAGACUACAUCUAUAGUUGAAGGCUUGCAUCCAGAAGUGAAAUGGUUUGAUAAAGGAGAAUCUGUUGUCCUGACUGUGAAACUGCGAGAUAUAACUAAUCAUAACUGUGUGUUUUAUGAUGACAGAGUUUUAUUUAGUUGCCAUGCUGGAGGGAAGUACUAUUCAGCAGAUUUGGAGCUCAGCCAUGAGAUCCUAAAAGAGAAAUCGGCUUGCCAGAUUAAAAAUGGAGAACCUGUGAUUUCUUUAUGGAAAACCCAGCCGGGAAAGUGGACCAUCCUGCUUAAACAUAAGUGUCCAAACGUCAGCUUUGACUUUGACCACUGGGAGGAUACGGAGGAGAACAGAUGGCUGCCUCGGUUUUCCAAAGGUCCCCAAAAUAGCUACACCAUCCUACGAGGAGAAGUAGAAUCCUCUGACUUCAGUGAAUCUGACAGUGAUUAAAUCAGAAGCAUGACUGUCCUUUGUCUUCCGUCAGCUGGUUGUGAUUGUGCCAAUAUGUAAAUGAUGUUCAACCGGUCAUCGUCCAAGGAAACUUACAUGACCUGUACUAUAGUUACUGUGCUUUUGUGAAAUAAUCUACACCCAGACACCAGGCAGGGUGUACUAAAGAUAAUGCUCAAGUUCUGCUUUGGCAUUGGGACACCUGAUGACAUGGUAACGUAAAUAUGGCAUCCAGUGUCACUUUGUAAGUAAAUCUUAUGUUCUAUCUAGAGGAAUUCUAGAGACCUAGAUUGCAGAAAAAAUAGCAUAUUAAGGGGUAUUUACUAAAAACCCUAGAA